CAGCGUUGAGUUUCUUCUGAGUUUUUAUUCUAACUGUAGAACCCUCUACAACUUCGUUUCUCUCCUCCGAAUCAUCUCCCGAGACGAUGGGGAACGAAGGCAGCAUCGAGGGAGAGGGCCAGCCGGGACAGCCCGGCUCCGCUGUUCCUUCCGCGGGGGCUUCGACUUCCAUUUCAGCACCAGCAGGCUCUGGACAGCUCAUCAAGCCCAGCAAUGGUGCGCCAACGGGAGGGACGGGGGCCGGACCCGGCCCGGGGAUUAACAGCAUCUCUGGAAGACCCCCCCAGCCAGACCCUGGGUCCGGGCCCAAGGCGGGGGUCCAGACUGGGCCUGGGACGGGGGACCGCCUGGCCUCCCAGCGGGAGCAGCAGGGCCAGGGCCACGUUGCCCGCAAGAACCUACAGGUGGAUGUGGGUAGUAGCAGGACGGGACGUUCCCCAUCGGUGUCCCCCGCCGUCACCCCCACCUCGCCCUACUCCGUGCCCCAGAUCGCCCCCAUGCCCAGCAGCAAGUUGUGCCCUGUCUGUAAGACGGCCGACCUGACGGGCACCACGGAGGACAACCAGCCAAACUGCAGCACAUGCACCCAGUGCCGAUCUAUGGUGUGCAACCAGUGUGGCUUCAACCCCAACCCGCACCUCACCGAGGUCCAGGAGUGGCUGUGUCUGAACUGCCAGAUGCAGAGAGCUUUGGGAAUGGACAUGGAGACACCUCGCUCCAAGAGCCAGCAGCAGAUUCACUCUCCGUCUCACCAAGCCAAACCAGAGCCCAUCUCUGAAUCUCAAACUCAGCCCCCACCCCAGCCCCAGGCCCAACCUCAGCCCCAGCCCCAAGCCCCACCUAAGGCACAGCCUCUAACCCAGCACCAGGCUCCGACACAGGCCCAGCCCCCACCGGGCCCUAACAGACAGACUGGUCCAGGCCCGGGACAGACCCCUCAGCAGCAGAGAGGUACAGGGGGCCCUGCUCCAGCCCAGGGCCAGGGUCAAGGUGGGGCUCGUCUCCCCCCAGGGGCCGUCCCUCUCCCAGGCAUGGCCAAAGCCCCGUCCCAGCCUGACCUCCGUGGCUCCCCUGCCCACCAGCCCCUGCCCCUCCGCCAGGACCACACACGCAGCGCAGGGAGCUCCCCGUCCCGCCAGCCCCCACCCCCGGCCUCCGCCCCCGAGCAGACCUUUGGGAAGCUGUUUGGAGGCUUCGGUGGCUUCGGUGCCUCCCUCCUCAACCAGGCCAGCACCCUCAUAUCAGAUAACCCAGUAGCUGCUCCGCCUCAGCCCCAACAGCUCCCCAAACCUGCCCCCAAACCAGCCGGACCCCAGGGACCUGCAGCUGGGGCUGGGAAACCACUAGGACCCCAUACUGGCCAACAGGGACCCCAAGCACCCCAACAGGGACCCCACGCUCCCCAACAGGGACCCCACGCUCCCCAACAGGGACCCCACGCUCCCCAACAGGGACCCCACGCUCCCCAACAGGGACCCCACGCUCCCAAACAGGGACACCCCCAGCAGCAGGCCAAAGGUGUCUGCUGUCCCCUGUGUAAGACCAGUCUCAACGUGGGGGUGACGGCCGAGCCACCCAACUACAACACCUGCACCCAGUGUCACGCCCAAGUCUGCAACAUGUGUGGAUUCAACCCUGCACCACAUCUGGAGAAUAAAGAAUGGCUCUGCCUGAACUGCCAGACCCAGAGAGCUUUGUCUGGGGCCCUGGGAGACACUCCACUUCCUGCUCCUCAGCCAAUGGGAUCCCCACGGCACCCAGCUCCAGCCAAUCAACCACAGCCUCAACAGAGAGGGCCCAAUCAGCAGGCAGGGCUACGGCCCACUGGUUCUCAACAGCAACAGAAACCACCGGGUGCCCAAGUAAGUGGCCCUCCUUUCUCCCCUGCCAAACAGGCAGGGCCCACCGCCCAAAGCAAGGGGCCUGCUCAACCAUCCCCUGCCAAGGCACAACCCUCCCCUGCUAAGGGUGCACCAUCCCCUGCUAAAACAGCCCAGCCUUCCCCUGCUAAGGGCGCACCCUCCCCUGCCAAACAGACAGGACCCACCACCCAGAGUAAGGGUCCUGCCCAGCCCUCCCCAGCCAAGGGCGCACCCUCCCAUGCUAAAGCUGCAUCCACCCCUAACAAGGGUGCACCCUCUCCUGCUAAGUGUGCACCUACCCAACCUAAACCCAACCAGAGUGGACCCAACAAGCAGUCUGGUAAACAGCAGCAGGGCCAGGAGAAAACUAAAAUCGCCCCCAAAACUCAAAAGGAAGCAGAAGUCAAAGCCUCACCUAAGAAGGGAGCACCUGAGACCAUCACCACAUCAAAAGAAGAAAAGAAGAAAUCUGCUGAAGACUCGCAGAAGUCAAAACAUCAUGACGAUUCCAACAAGUCCAGCACACAGAGCCUCAGUGACACGGGCUACUCAUCAGAUGGGAUAUCCGGCUCAAUGGGCGAGAUCACAGGCCAGAUCCAGGAGGAUCCGGGGUUGAAGCUGAGUGAACGAGGCCCUUCCAGCCCCUCUGAGAUAACCAAGCUGGAGAGCUCCAUGCGGCCGCUGCUAGAGUCAAAGUCCAAGACCGCUACAGACCAGGGCCGGGGGAGGCCUCACUCUCUGUCCAUUGGCCAGGACGAGGAGUACAACUCGGAUGGGGAGGUGUCGGAUGAUCUCAGCUCCAAGCUGCGCCACGACUAUGUGGAGGACAGCAGCGAGAGUGGUCUGUCCCCCUUACCGCCCAGGCAGAAGAAGUCCCAUAAAGAAAUUACAGAUGAGGAGUUCAUGAGGAGGCAGAUCAUGGAAAUGAGUGCUGACGAGGACGAGAUGGAGGAGGAGGAGGAGGAAGGGUACGGCUACCAGAAAACAAAAAACAAAAAGGAUUUGGGGAAGGAGAAACGACGCAGCCUCACCCACCAUUCCAGUAGUUUUGAAGAAGACACCAAGUGCGCUGACGGUGAAGACGACGAAGGUAUGAUGGCUUCCCAAGGAGGGCUGCGGCGGUUUAAGACCAUCGAGCUGAACAACUCAGAGCAUGACCUCAGAGAGCCAGAGCUGGAGAUGGAGAGCCUGACUGGAUCACCAGAGGAGCGGUCGAGGGGGGAGUAUUCAUCCACCCUCCCUGCCACCACUCCCAGCUACACCUCCGGCACGUCCCCUACCUCUGUGUCCUCCAUGGAGGACGACAGUGACAGCAGCCCCAGCCGCAGGCAGAGACUGGAAGAGGCCAAACAGCAGAGAAAGGCUCGCCACCGCUCCCAUGGCCCACUCCUGCCCACCAUCGAGGACUCAUCUGAGGAAGACGAGCUGAGGGAGGAAGAGGAGCUUCUGAGAGAGCAGGAGAAGAUGAGAGAUCUGGACCUGCAGAGGAUCCGCAGCACUGCCAGGAAAACUAAGAGAGACAAAGAGGAGCUGAGGGCCCAGAGACGUAGAGAGAGAUCCAAGACUCCGCCCAGCAACCUCUCUCCCAUCGAGGAUGCAUCCCCAACGGAGGAGCUGAGACAGGCAGCAGAGAUGGAGGAGCUCCACAGAUCCUCCUGCUCAGAGUACUCCCCUUCCAUGGAUUCAGAGGCAGAGGGCUUUGAAAUGAUGGGCUCCAAGCUCUACAAGUCAGGAAGCCACCACAACCUACCCACGUUCAUGUCUCUCUACUCCCCCACUGAAAAACCUACUGCCAUUUCACCGUCUGACAAGACACUGAAAAGUGCAGAGGAGGUUUAUGAAGAAAUGAUGAGGAAAGCAGAGAUGUUGCAGCAGCAGCAGCAGGGACAGCCAGGAAGGCCAGGCCAACAACAAGGAAGUCCACAAAGGCAACCGGCUGGGACCACUCAGCCUGGCAAUAAACAACAUCUAGACACUGGAACUUCUCUAACACCUGGCUCCAGCCCCACACAGAUCUCUGCACCUGUUUCCUUCUCCUCAAACGACCCACGUGGGUCUGGAAGAGGGAUCCCCCAAGGAAUCAGUGUGACACAGCAUCUAUCGAAAGAAACCCAAGACAGGAUGAGGACGCAGACUGCCAAAAUAGGGGGUGUUAUCCCCCCGGCGGCUGGAAGACCUGCACAGGGUCAGGGACCAGCACAGGGGGUGCCUCCUCCUGACCCUGGAGUACCCUCCAUCGCAUCCUCCCUCUUCUCCUAUUUCAAAGGCCCCAGUCCUCCUAUUUCCCCUGCUCCCUCUCCCUCACAGAGCCCCACUCAUUCCCCGUCCCCACGUCCCACAGGGCCUGGGGUGUCCCCACGACCCACAGGGCCUGGGGUGUCCCCACGACCCACAGGGCCUGGGGUGUCCCCACGACCCACAGGGCCUGGGGUGUCCCCACGACUCACAGGGCCUGGGGUGUCCCCACGACCCACAGGGCCUGGGGGGUCUCCACGACAUUCUCAGCCUGGCGCUAGUGGCCCAACCUCCCCAGUACUGCCACAACAACAUGGAGUCCAAACGCCACAAAAAUCAGCGUCGCCACGCCUUGCAAGACAACAGUCCUCCUCCGACUCACCAGUAAUGGUGAUAACGCUGGGCUCUGAGACCACCACCAGUUCUGCCAAGCCUCUAACUGUAAACUCCUCCACUUCGCCCCUGUCCUCACCAACACAGGGUAUCCGUCAGCCCAUGUAUCAGCAAAAUAUUCCUUCAACGAGCUCCCCAACAUCCCCACAAAUGCACCCACUGCACCAAACCCCUCAACACGGUUUACAGAGGCCCAAAACUGCAGAGAGGGUUAAUAUUGGUAUGAGCAUGACAAUGACAACCACAGCUACCACAUACAGUCGUGGGUCAAUGUCAAUGGAAAAUAUCUCCCUAUGUAGAAUCUCCAACGUUCCAGGAACCUCUAGGGUCGUGGAGCAUGGCCAAAUUCAAAUGCAUCCGAGUGGACCUGCAUCUGUGGUGGACCUGAGAGCACCAAUGAAGCCCACCCCAAUCAUCAUGACAGACCAGGGCAUGGAUCUAACGUCUCUGGCAACUGAUACAAGGAGGUAUUCUCUCGAUGCUGAACAACCACCCAGCCGUCACACAGCGGUGCAGGACCUGAAUGCAGCCAUGAACCUGAAUGCACAAGAGCAGCCGCAUGUGUCGGCGUCCACUCCAACAACAGUCACCGUGGCAGCCUCCAUGUUUAUAUCUCAGCCGAAGGGGCAUCCAGUGGUUUACGGAGAUCCCCUGCAGAACCGUAUGGAUCUGGGGCAAGGCGUUGGAUCAGCAAUGUGUCUUACACAAACUAAGACACUCAUCACUGACCCGUCCAUUCCUAAGAUUGAUGCAUGUCUGGAGGAUCUGGGCAUCCAGCAGCAGCAGCUCCAGAUGCAGCAGCAGAAGCUCCUACAGCAACAACAACUCCUCGAGCAGCAGCUCCAGCAGCACCAGCAAUCCUCUUUUGCUCGCUAUAACCUAGCAAACCAGGUCCAGCCGCUGUUGCUGAAGAAAGACCUGGUGGUGAGCCAGACGAGCAUUGGCAGUGCCCAGACUGUGGUCAGUGUCAGUGCAAUUCCUAGAGUAUCUCCCCUACCACCCCAGCCAGCAUCUGUGGCUCCACUUUCCUCUAACACUCAACAUGACUAUUGUCAGGGUGGGCUUGCUUUGGAGUUGAAGAACAAGCCCACGGUCAUGAACCUGUCCACGGGAAAGCCCCAUGUCAUGAUGGUCCAACUGGAAGACAGCAAUGCAUCUCAGGCGGCCACAGUGACUCAGCUGGUCAAAGAGCCUCCUCCCCCUCCCCAGGUCCUGGAUCUCACUGGUGGACAGAUACAGAAACCAGAGAACCAAGUGGCUUGUUGUGACGUCGUUUACAAGUUACCCUUUGCUAGUAGUUGUGCAGGGAACUUAACUCAGAAGAAUCUUACCACUGAACCUUCCCAAGUCACGCUUCCACCCCCUGCCUCACAUUACAGUGUAAGCCAGCAGCAGCAGCAACAACAACAACAGCAGCAGCGGCAGCAGCAGCAGCAACAACAACAGUUGCAGCAACAUCAACAACAACAUCAACAACAACAACAACCUGGAAAUAAUGGCUACCAGACAGCAAGCAUGCAAGGAGCAACAGAGGAGCAUAAACCAAUGCAGGGAGUCCCUCCAUACCCUAUACCCACUGGAGGGAGGCUUCAACCUUCCAUGUCUGACACCAACCUGUCUAAUGCAGGGCUUCAGUACUAUCAGAGGACUGACCCUGGGGAUCUGGCCGUGGAUCUGAGCACCAUGAAUCAGACCUACGAACGAGGAUAUCUUGGCAUUGGUGCGCAGUACGGAUCCUACACAGACUUACGUCAUGAAGGAGAUAUUGCAGGUCCUCCCUUGCCCCUGCGAAGGUACGGCUCCAUGUCCAACAUCAGUCAAGACUACGGCUAUGGUCAGGCAGGUUUAACGGACGCCAACCUGGCACAGUAUAGUGCCACCACUGCCAGAGAGAUCAGCCGAAUGUGUGCAGCUCUGAACUCUAUGGACCAGUUCGGUCAACGGUACAGCAACCCUGAGAUUAUGCAGUAUGGUGCUGGAAGAGGAGCAGGCCCUGAAGCCAGGCUCAACCUACAGCAAAGCUUAGCAUCAAUCCGAGCCAACCUACUCUAUGGCCCCGACGGUAGGCCCACUGCACACGGCCAAGCCCUAACCAAUCUGAUCAAUGCCAGACAAGCAAGCAUACGGGCCUUAUAUCCGUCUGCAAUGAGAGGAGCUGAUGGGAUGACAUACUCCACCAUCAACAGCCCAAUAGCCUCUACCUUGCCAAUAACCACCCAGCCUUCCUCUGUUCUGCGACCCAUGCCACGAGGAAUAUACCGACCUUACCCUGCAUGUGUAACUGCUGUACCACUGGCUAGCCUCACCAGGUUGCCACAUGCGACCCCAAGGAUGCCUCUGUCUACACAGGGACCUUACGGUUACGCUCCUCCCAACCAGUUUCCUACAACAGCUGGCGUUCCUGGAAAUGGACCUGACACAAGCACCUCCACCCAGGAAGCUCCUGUCUACCUUGGGAAGCCUUCUGCAACUGUCGCUGUGCACACAGCUGCAACCUUACCACCGGCCCACCCGGUUUCUCAUAUAGGUGGACACAGUGUACCAACUACUGCAAUGCCAAUUCAGUCUGCAAUCCAACAAACCCCCCAAACUCAAAUCCAAGUGCAGAAAGUUACGACACACCCCCAUACUCAAACUCAAAUGCAAGCCCAAAUCCAUCAACAAAUGCAGUCCCAAAUCCAUCAACAAAUGCAGUCCCAAAUACAGCAACAAAUGCAAACUCAAAUGCAACAACAAAUACCAACUCAAACUCAAGCUUUGUCCCUGACUCAAACCCAGUCCCAGCUGAUAACUCAGCCUCAGCCCCAGGCUCUAGUGCAGCCCCAGACUCAGCCGCAGCCCCAGCCCACUCCCCAGGCUGCAGCAGCCAGCACUACCAUCGUUACUUCCGUAGACCCAGAGCUAGAAAAGGUAGAAGAGCGUUUGAGACAGCAGCAAGAGCAGAUGCUGCAGAUGGACCGAGAGCGCGUGGAGCUGGAGAAACUUCGGCAGAUGCGCCUGCAUGAGGAACUGGAGAGAGACCGCAUGGAGCUCCAGAGGCACAGGGAGAAAGAACAAAUGCUGGUGCAGCGUGAGAUUCAGGAGCUGCAGACCAUCAAACAGCAAGUCCUGCAUCAGCAGCAAUCAGAGAGGGAGACCCAGCUGGUCAUGCAGAGGGAACAGCUAGCCCAGCAGAGGAUGCAACUGGACCAGAUCCAGUCGCUGCAGCAGCAACUCCAGCAGCAGUUGGAGGAGCAGAAGAGGCAGAAGACUGCAGUGGUUGAGGCAGCAGCUGCAGCCACAGCAGCCGAGGCAGCUGCUGCAUCGGCAGCAGCAGCAGCUGCUGCAGCCACUCCCGCUCAAGGGGUAGUAGUUGGAGGAGGAACCCCUCAAGGUUUCAUCAUCUGUGACCAGAGUGGUAGGGUGAUUCAACAGGACGGCCAAAGUGUGCAGUUCUGGCAACCCCACAUGGAAGGGCAGGUGGUCCAAACAGUGGUGACCCCAAGGCCUAUACCUAGCUCUACCUCUGAGAUGUCCUUCAGAAACAGUGAGGAUCAGGCGGAGUCCAGGGUCAUGAAGAAGCGGAACUCUAUGCCUCGUCUUAGGGACGGAGCAGAGGAGGAGCCGGUGAGGAGGAUUGCAGAUAGCUGCGUGCAGACGGAUGAUGAAGAUGGCGAGGACAGGUAUACGAACCGCAGGGGCAGGAGAACCAGGCGCAUCGCCGACUGCAGUGUCCAGACAGACGACGAGGAUCAGGCAGAGUGGGAGCAACCGGUUAGGCGCAGGAGAUCGCGCUUCUCCAAGCACUCAGACUCUAGCGCGGAGGUCAAAUCCGACGGAACCUCCAAAGUGUCCUCCUCCAGCAUAGCCAUUCAGACCACCAACGACUCCUCAUGCCAGACUGAGACAGACCAGUUGGGCAGGGUCUCACCUGCAAUCCACAUCACUGCGGCUGAGACAAACAAGGUGGAGCUACUACACUACAUCUCUGCUCCAGAGAGGACCCAUAAGGGUGAGAGCUUAGCCUGUCAGACAGAACCAGAGGUCCAGUCUCAGGGGGUGGUGGCCCCUCAGCUCAGCGUCCCCACCACCAUCAGCCCAUACUCCACCACUAUGCAGAUGGUGGGCUCCACCCCAUCUCCUCCCCAAGGGGUGGCCAAGUUCGAGAGGAGGAAACCCGACCCUCUGGAUAUCGGCUACCAAGGCCAGCAGCAGAACGACUCCCCGUCUCGCCAGCCUCCCAAGUCUCCUCAGGUGCUGUACUCCCCCGUGUCCCCGCUGUCACCCCAUCGGAUGCUAGAGACCACCUUCACCUCCCAGGAGAAACUCAACAAGGCGCACGUCACACCCCAGCAGAAAGCCUUCACUGCCGAGUCCCCUCAGCGUCAUCAGAGCCUCCCCAGGCCCAUCAAGAGUGUGCAGCGCUCCAUGUCAGACCCCAAACCCCUCAGCCCCACCUCAGAAGACCCUGCGAAGAACAGGUUCUCACCUUAUCAUCAGCAGGCCCUCUCCAACAGUCAGAUGGCCACCCUGCAGCAGCAGCAGAACUCUCUGAUGAGAAAGGUGAAGAGGACCCUGCCCAGCCCGCCUCCAGAAGAAAGCCCUCUCCCCAUCGUCACCCCAGCCAUGUCCCACAUGUACAGCAGCUCUCCAGGGAUGCAGCCCCAGAGGGUGCUGCCCAGGCCCGCCCAGGGGGUCACUAAGGCCGGCCUGCUGAGCGAACUGAAGGCCGUGGAGCAGGAGUCUACCAAGCUCCGCAAGCAGCAGCAGGAGUUGGAGGAGGAGGAGAAGGAGAUUGACGCCAAGCUGCGAUACCUGGAACUGGGCAUCCAUCAGCGCAAGGAGACCCUGGUGAAGGAGAGGGAGAGGAGGGAGCUGGCCUACAUGCGCUGCAUGGGCGACGCCCGCGACUACAUGUCGGACACAGAGCUCAACAACCUGAGGAUGGUUGCGGCCACGGGGACGUUCGAUGGUAACGGUCUGCUGACGAGGCCAAGCACGGCGCCGCUGAGCCAGUUCACCAACGACCUCGGCCCGGCCUACCAGUACCCGCCCACCUCCUCCUACAUGGCCUAUCAGUACCCACAGAGCCAGCCCACGCCCACACAGCAGCCAACCGCUGCUUACCAACAGAUCGGUUUCCAGCCCCCUCAGUACCCAACAGCCGGCCAGCCCCAGCCAGGCACCUUCCAGCCCCACCCACCCCAAGGCCCAGGUUACCAGACCCAGCCAGGCUACCCAGCCCACGGGGGCUACGGCCAGCCUUCCUUCCAGACAGACUUGGGCAUGCAGCAGCAUAGCCACCAGGGUUUCCAGCCUCCCAACCCCUCUAUCCCGGGCCAACACCUCCCCUACCCAGGCCAGAGCCCCUACCCUGGCCAGGGGAUGUCCUAUCAGCCCCAGGCUGAGAUCCUCACCGUCCACCAGAGGCCUCGUCAGACCUCCCUGGCCGACCUGGAACAGAAGCUGCCCACCAACUACGAGGUGAUCAGUAACCCUGCCGUGUCGGUGGCCACAUCAGCUCCAGACACCUGCUUUGGCUCAGUCUAUGCCUCUAACACCAUGCCCAACGCCUACGGGCAGUAUCGCCCCCCGGAGCCUGUGCUGACCCACGGCGUGGACAGCCCCACAUCAGCCUAUGCUGCAGACGGCCUCUACACCUCCAACCUGGAGCAGAACAUCCCCAGGAACUACGUCAUGAUUGACGACAUCAGCGAGCUGACCAAAGAGAACACGGGCCCUGCUGUUGAUGCUCUUGUCCAUCCAAUAGGAGGACGCUACGGUGAGAAUGGCCCCGUGCGCCAGACUGGUUACGGCAAUGAGCCUGUGGACCCAUACAUGCCUGCAGGCACCACGGGCUACCACCAGCAGGGCGCUGUGGACCCCAGGACCAGCACUACUGGGGGAUCUUCUUAUUACUAUGACGACUAUAAUAAACACCCCAGCACAACACGUCCAGGGGGCCCAGGGACCCAGAAACACCCAUCCAAGAAUCUGGCCCCUGCCGUGGUCUCCUCCGGUAAGCGCAGCAAGCACAGGAAGCAAGGCAUGGAGCAGAAGAUCUCAAAGUUCUCCCCCAUCGAGGAGGCGCGGGAUGUGGAGUCUGACCUGGCCUCUUACACCAUGACCACCUCCACCGGCGGCAGCUGCACCGUGGUAUCCCGGUCCGGAGUGAAGAAGAGCGGCUACGACCAGCAGAAGUACUAUGGCGGCCAGCCUGGAAGCCGGGAAGCACUGGAAGAGGAGGACCGGAUGUACGGCUCGGGGAGAUCCCGGUCUACAGGCUACGGCAUGGACAAGAUCUCCUCCAGGGACACCUCAGGCUACAGGAGCAAGUCCUACGAGAGGGAUGCCAUGGAGCGGUCUCAGAGAGGUAGCCGUGGUGGACGGAACUCAGAGGAGGAGAGCCCCCUCAGCCCCGUGGGGAAGCCCGUUGGAAUCGGACGAGCCGGCACUGGGGUACCAGGUGACCCCCAUGACGUGAGGAACCAGUACGGCUCCAGCCACUCCCUGCCGGACGUCCAGGAUCACCACAUGAAGGACCUGCCCAGGAGCCACGUGUACAAACCAGAUGAUCCAUACCUUGUAGACGACAUGCAUGCAGCCGUGUCGGACAGCGAAGCCUAUCAUCUGGGUCAGGAGGAGACCGACUGGUUUGAGAAGCCGAGGGAGGCUCGCGCCAACCGCUCCAGACACCACGGGAGCGCAGGCCACAUCUCCACUGGUAGACAACAGACCAGUGCCAAUGUGAAGCACACCUACCACGACUACGACGAGCCCCCCGAGGAGCAGGACCUGUGGCCUCAGGACGAGUACAACAACCAACCUCGCCACCCCUCGUCCACCUCAUCAUCCCGUGACCACCGUGGUCAUCAUGGCAGUAGUGGCGGCAGCUCGGGGAGGCACUCCUCUUCCCGCCACUCCGGCGAGGAGCCCCGGUUGUCCAGCCGCUCCUCCAGAACACACCCCAAAGACCCAUCCGCCCGCUCUGAGGGCCGUGGAUCCUCCUCCACCCAGAAGAGGGGAGGCUCGGACCCCCGUUCCUCCCGGGAGGGCUACCGGGACCGGGACUCUGGGGACUACUCCUCCCGUGACCCGGCCUCCGGACACCACCGCGAGGGCACCGGGGGCAGGGGUCAGAGGCCGCCGGGCUCGUCCUCCAGGAGACAGGAGGGGGUGCCCUCUGCAGGGGCCAAGCAGGGCCAGGGGCAGCAACCCCAGGGCGGUCCAGGCGGGCCCCAGCAGCAGGGGCAGCGUUCCAGUGGGCAGCCCCAGUCAGGCAGGCAGCCUGGGUCCCAGGGCCCAGACGGGGGACAGCCGGCCCAGCAGCCUGGCCAGCAGCAGCAGCAACGCACCCAGCAGCAGCAGCAGCCCCUGCAGCAGAGCCAGCUUCCUCAGACCACUGCUGGGGGGCCUCAGGCCAAUUCAGGCAACGCGGGGCCAGGACCCAUGGCAGGACCCAUGGCAGGACCAGGGACAGGAGCAGGGACAGGACCAGGGACAGGACCAGGGACAGGACCAGGGACAGGAGCAGGGACAGGAGCAGGGACAGGAGCAGGGACAGGAGCAGGGACAGGACCAGGGACAGGACCAGGGACGGCACAGCAGCAGGCUAAGCCUGGCCAGACUCCGGCACAAGGCCGGCAGCCAGCAGGACCCACCGCAGGCCAGCCACCAACCACAGCCGCGACCCCUGCUACACCUGCAGCAGCCAUUGCGGGGGCCAAACCUGCAGCAGCGAUUGGGGGGGCAGCAGCAGCACAGCCUCCCAAGACAGCCACACCCCCCCUCAUAGGCAUUGGCUCUAAAGCAGCCCCUCCUGGAGGGAUAGGUAGCAGGCCUGGUGGGAUCGGCAGUGCAGCGGCAGGCCAGCUCCCAGCGGACGGGGGAAACGUUCUCACCAAUAUCCUGGGAGGGGCGGGAGGGGCUGCCGAACAGGCAGGGAAACUGGGUGAUGCUAUUUCUGGCCUCGGCAAGAAGUUCACUUCAUUUUGGUGAACGGAAGAGAGGAGGUCCCAGGGGUGAGGGACAGCUUGUGUUUGUCUUACAGGGUAUGAGGAGUUGAGAUGGAGGGGGAUUGGAGGCUCGGUACUGGAAAAACCUAUGAAACUGUUCACAGCAUUUUAUACAUUUCACUAUCACAAGGAAACGGAGGAGGAGGGAGGAGGAGGGUACCUGAGCGCAUCAGGCUGGAAUCAAAGGAUGCCUGAUCAGCACUGAAUUCCCCAGACAUGAGCACACAACAUGAGCAGAAUUAGAAUGGGUGGAUGCUUUGUCAGCACUGGCUGGGAUCUCCAGACAUGAGCAGAGGAUUGAAGAGAGGACGAAGUGGAUGGAUAUCAAGUCAAAGCGGGGGUCCCAAGCAUGAGCAGACGAUUCAAGAGAGAGACUUCUGCUGUUGCCUCUGCUGGCUAUGCACCAACAGAAUGCCAGGGAGAGCCUGCCUCACAGCUCCCGUAGGAGAGUGAACGGGACAGCUACAAUCCUCAGCUCCCUGUCGGUUGUCUGCUUACUGAGAGAUAACACCUGAUCCAGGAACAGAACAGGGAGCUGUCACACACCUUAGCCUUGGCUUCAGCAUCUCUCAGCUCAAGGGGACAACAACGGAUUAUGCUGUUUUUUCAUCUGAAUCUCUUGUAUCACUCGCUGAGGUUCUCCUGUUGGAAAACCAGGCCAGAUGGGAGCGAUUGUAGUAGAGGGAAGCUUCAUAGUGCCCUCUACAGGGCAUUGAGGGGAAGUCACUCUGUCUGAGGAAUCCACAUCUGACCAGAAUCUACUCUGGAUGAGUCCCAAAUGACACCCUAUUCCCUAUUUGUGCACUACUUUUGACCAGGGUCCAUUGAGCUCUGGUCAAAAGUAGUGCACUAUAUAGGAAAUAGGGGGCCAUUUGGGAUGCAGAGUCUGUCUGAGGAGUCCACAUCUGACCAGAAUCAUUCAUGACUCCAUGCUUUUGUGCUCAACGGGCCUUGUUACAGCAUCACCAUCAUAACGCAAUGGAGUAGGUAGAUAGAGGUACACAGCUCAUAGGUUUUACUAGUACCAAAGAGACUUCUUCGCUAACUAUGACACUCUUAACUACUACACUGGAGGUGGCAAGACGUUACUACGGCGACAGACAAACAAACAAACUAACAAUGCCCCUGUUAUUAACCCCUUGAAUGCUUGGUUUCUAUGAUCUCUACAUUCCACUAUAGGGAACGAUGACUCUUUCUUUGAGUGUGUUUUUAUUUUUCCUCCUGUUGUGAUGAUAUGAUGUCUACAGAAUGCAACAUGUACAUGUGGACAUGGGAAUGCACGCACAAUGAUAAUAGAAAAUAAAUCCAUAUCUUAUUAAUAGGUUUUCACCACCACGUCCUGAAGAGGGGCCACCAGACAUUACUAGACGAGUAGGAUAACGAGAGGAGGAGGAGCUACCAGUGUGCCCACCGAUAGAGUGUGAGUGCCACACAGGAGAGAGAACCAAACGGAACGCAUUGAAGCGUGGCCACGGCUGUAUUUUAGCCAUCGCAAAGCCAUCACUUGUCAAUCCCAGUUCCAAUCCCAGAGCACUUUGGGACUUUGUUGUUGUUUAUUUUCUUUAUAUGAUCUAUUUGUUGAUUUAUUUUCAUCUUGUUUAGUUUCUUAUCAUUUUUGCCUGAUAUUUCUUCGGGAAAGAAGAGCCUUAUUCGGUACAUAUUUUUUACUUGUAUACCUCAUAUGUUUUGAAACGUCCAUAUCAUACCUUUCUUAAUUUAUUUUUGCACAAAUGUAUACUACUGUAAGUAUAUACAUCUAGCUAGAACACUGAUAAUGUAAAUUAUUCAUCUGUGUAUUUAUGAAUUUAUAUUUAUGUAACUUUUGUUUUUUGUUUCAUGUUUUUCUUUUGUAAAUCUAUUUAUAUUUUAAUGGUCUAUUGUUUUCUUAUUUAUUAUCUUGUGUUUGAAUCAUUUGCUGGUUGGUUUUUAAAAGCAAUAGCAUGCAGAAAAUGUUAUACAGCACAAUGGUGUUAAUGUUGUUUAAAUUCGUGGUUGGGAAUAUCUGAAACAUGUUGUUAAACAUCCGUAAAUGUGUCUGAGAGAGUUGCAUAACCACACAUACACACCUAAAUCUUGACGUUUACGCUAACCCGCACUCACACACACAGAGACAUACAAACAAUCAAACACAUGUACACACACACACACACACACACACACACACACAC